GUGGGCCAUAUAGUCCACGUAUGCAGCCAGUGCAACACGGUUAAAAUCCAUGGGGUCGGUAAGCUUAAUGAGAGUGGUUUCGUACUGCUCUAAGGCCUCGUAAUGAGGCCUGUUAAUGACUUCCUUCUAUCUUUUGCAUAUAGACUGUUUACUUAUUUUACAUGUAUUUAUGGGAUUGCGCAUACGUAGUAGAGUUUGGUUCAUAACGGCGACACGUACACCCUUGAGUAGAACAAAGAUAUAUUAUUUAAUAGAAGACGUGAUUUACAUCAUUACAAUUGCAACACACCAGUACUUCACCUUCCUUAACGUGUCGUGUUCAUUUCCAGCAUCGCAUAUGAAGUAAUAAAAAAUCUUAUGUCGAGGACAGACUUUCUACAUCCAUUGGACGACUUACCUUCAUAUGG